GGUUGUCUCCUCACAGACUAUGAGCUCCUUGAAAGAGGGAAUCGUGUCUUACUCAUCUUUGUAUCCCCAGUGUCUAGCAGUUCCUGAUACAUAGUUUUAGCUGAAUUUUGGGACAUGGCCACUGCUUCACCAAGGUCUGAUACUAGUAAUAACCACAGUGGAAGGUUGCAGUUACAAGUAACUGUUUCUAGUGCCAAACUUAAAAGAAAAAAGAACUGGUUCGCAACAGCAAUAUAUACAGAAGUAGCUGUAGAUGGAGAAAUUACGAAAACAGCAAAAUCCAGUAGUUCUUCUAAUCCAAAAUGGGAUGAACAGCUAACUGUAAAUGUUACACCACAGACUACAUUGGAAUUUCGAGUUUGGAGCCGUCACGCUUUAAAAGCAGAUGCUUUAUUAGGAAAAGCAACGAUAGAUUUGAAAGAAGCUCUGUUGAUACACAAUAGAAAAUUGGAAAGAGUGAAAGAACAAUUAAAACUUUCCUUGGAAAACAAGAAUGGCAUAGCACAAACUGGUGAAUUGACAGUUGUGCUUGAUGGAUUGGUGAUUGAGCAAGAAAAUAUAACAAACUGCAGCUCAUCUCCAACCAUAGAAAUACAGCAAAAUGGUGAUGCCUUACAUGAAAAUGGAGAGCCUUCAGCAAGGACAACUGCCAGGUUGGCUGUUGAAGGCACGAAUGGAAUAGAUAAUCAUGUACCUACAAGCACUCUAGUCCAAAACUCAUGCUGCUCAUAUGUAGUUAAUGGAGACAACACACCUUCAUCUCCAUCUCAGGUUGCUGCCAGACCCAAAAAUACACCAGCUCCAAAACCACUCACAUCUGAGCCUGCCGAUGACACUGUUAAUGGAGAAUCAUCCUCAUUUGCACCAACUGAUAAUGCUUCUGUCACGGGUACUCCAGUAGUGUCUGAAGAAAAUGCCUUGUCUCCAAAUUGCACUAGUACUACUGUUGAAGAUCCUCCAGUUCAAGAAAUACUGACUUCCUCAGAAAACAAUGAAUGUAUUCCUUCUACCAGUGCAGAAUUGGGAUCUGAAGCUAGAAGUAUAUUAGAGCCUGACACCUCUAAUUCUAGAAGUAGUUCUGCUUUUGAAGCAGCCAAAUCAAGACAGCCAGAUGGGUGUGUGGAUCCUGUACGGCAGCAGUCUGGGAAUGCCAAUGCAGAAACCUUGCCAUCAGGGUGGGAACAAAGAAAAGAUCCUCAUGGUAGAACCUAUUAUGUGGAUCAUAAUACUCGAACUACCACAUGGGAGAGACCACAACCUUUACCUCCAGGUUGGGAAAGAAGAGUUGAUGAUCGUGGAAGAGUUUAUUAUGUGGAUCAUAACACCAGAACAACAACGUGGCAGCGGCCUACCAUGGAAUCUGUCCGAAAUUUUGAACAGUGGCAAUCUCAGCGGAACCAAUUGCAGGGAGCUAUGCAACAGUUUAACCAACGAUACCUCUAUUCGGUAAUUAGCAAAUUAUAAGAUUGUUUACAUAACUUCCUCCCUUAUUUGUUUGUCCUUCUCUAUUAUGAGAAAAGAGUGGAUUCAACAGACAGGGUUUACUUUGUGAAUCACAACACAAAAACAACCCAAUGGGAAGAUCCAAGAACUCAAGGCUUACAGAAUGAAGAACCCUUGCCAGAAGGCUGGGAAAUCAGAUACACUCGUGAAGGUGUAAGGUACUUUGUUGAUCAUAACACAAGAACAACAACAUUCAAAGAUCCUCGCAAUGGGAAGUCAUCUGUAACUAAAGGUGGUCCACAAAUUGCUUAUGAACGCAGCUUUAGGUGGAAACUUGCUCACUUCCGUUAUUUGUGCCAGUCUAAUGCACUACCCAGUCAUGUAAAGAUCAAUGUGUCCCGGCAGACAUUGUUUGAAGAUUCCUUCCAACAGAUUAUGGCAUUAAAACCCUAUGACUUGAGGAGGCGCUUAUAUGUAAUAUUUAGAGGAGAAGAAGGACUUGAUUAUGGUGGCCUAGCGAGAGAAUGGUUUUUCUUGCUUUCACAUGAAGUUUUGAACCCAAUGUAUUGCUUAUUUGAGUAUGCGGGCAAGAACAACUAUUGUCUGCAGAUAAAUCCAGCAUCAACCAUUAAUCCAGACCAUCUUUCAUACUUCUGUUUCAUUGGUCGUUUUAUUGCCAUGGCACUAUUUCAUGGAAAGUUUAUCGAUACUGGUUUCUCUUUACCAUUCUACAAGCGUAUGUUAAGUAAAAAACUUACUAUUAAGGAUUUGGAAUCUAUUGAUACUGAAUUUUAUAACUCCCUUAUCUGGAUAAGAGAUAACAACAUUGAAGAAUGUGGCUUAGAAAUGUACUUUUCUGUUGACAUGGAGAUUUUGGGAAAAGUUACUUCACAUGACCUGAAAUUGGGAGGUUCCAAUAUUCUGGUGACUGAGGAGAACAAAGAUGAAUAUAUUGGUUUAAUGACAGAAUGGCGUUUUUCUCGAGGAGUACAAGAACAGACCAAAGCUUUCCUUGAUGGUUUUAAUGAAGUUGUUCCUCUUCAGUGGCUACAGUACUUCGAUGAAAAAGAAUUAGAGGUUAUGUUGUGUGGCAUGCAGGAGGUUGACUUGGCAGAUUGGCAGAGAAAUACUGUUUAUCGACAUUAUACAAGAAACAGCAAGCAAAUCAUUUGGUUUUGGCAGUUUGUGAAAGAGACAGACAAUGAAGUAAGAAUGCGACUACUGCAGUUCGUCACUGGAACCUGCCGUUUACCUCUAGGAGGAUUUGCUGAGCUCAUGGGAAGUAAUGGGCCUCAAAAGUUUUGCAUUGAAAAAGUUGGCAAAGACACUUGGUUACCAAGAAGCCAUACAUGUUUUAAUCGCUUGGAUCUACCACCAUAUAAGAGUUAUGAACAACUAAAGGAAAAACUUCUUUUUGCAAUAGAAGAGACAGAGGGAUUUGGACAAGAAUGAAUGUGGCUUCUUAUUUUGGAGGAGCUCUUGCAUUUAAAUACCCCAGCCAAGAAAAAUUGCACAGAUAGUGUAUAUAAGCUGUUCAUUCUGUACAGUGAAUUUUCCGAACCUCUCAAAGUAUGUUUUCCGUUCUUCCACAGAAAUAUGCAAAACAGUUCAUCCUUUUCUACUUUAUUUAUUGUUCCCUUGAAAUGACUGACCAGGAAAAACAUCAUCCUUAAAUUUUGAAGCAAGUGAGAGACUUUAUUAAAAAUACAUAUAUAUCUAUAAAAGCAUAUAUGAUAGUGGCUCUAGUUUUAUAGAGCUCCAAGUGUAUGAAACAUGACAGCCGUUCAUUCAUAAAGAUCUGGAUUUGCUUUACCUUGUUAAUAUUAUCUAGGGGAAAAAGUGCAAAUUGCUCCAUGUUCUUCUCUCCCUUAUGUAACAUCUCCUGAGGGUGUUUAGUUGCAUGGCUGUUCAGGAAGGUAUUAAGGGCUUAGGCCAAAUCUUACUUUGAGUAUGUUUAAAAAAAAAAAAAAAUGCUGCUGGCUUUUCUGAAGACAGGUGCUUGAACCUGUCAGUUUGUUUUAAAUAAAUACAAUAGUUGAAAAUUUUUCUCUCUGUUACAUCAGUAAUAUUGUCAAAGUAAUGGAUAAAACCAUAACUUACACAUGAAAGUCAUAUACUAGAUCUGAUACUAUUUAGUUUAUCGAAAUUGGAAAGAUUCAUUGAGCAGCAUAGAAGUUUGUUUACAUGUUGAGAUGCUAGGUAUUUGUGGAAUUAAAAAGAAUCAGGCACUUUUGUA